UGCCUAACACGCGCCCAAAUUACUAGCGACUUCUCCGGUCAGUUAUAUUAACAGAGGCGAGGCCCAGCUGUAACAGAGUCGCUGAAUUCUCAGCGACGUCUCUUCUUUUAAAAAAAAAACACCAACCUCACAACGGACGCAACAAAUCUCUGCUUAAAAUUCUCCCUCGUCUCUCAUUUUACCAUCGUCUUCUUCUUCUUCUUCUUCCAAAACUAGUCCAACCCCGAAAUUAACCAUGGAAGAAACUUUAAUAGCAAGGCCAAAUGACAAAUUCAAGCGAAGUGUAUCACAUGCUUAUGAUGAAUUACAGAGCUUUAGAUACUAUCUCCGAUGGAUGUGUGUAGAUCAAUCAAAUAUAUGGCUCGUUUGUCUCUCUUGGUUUAUGUUCAUUCUAUUUUCCAUUAUCGUUCCUGCGAUUUCUCAUUUCCUGUUAGCUUGUAGUACCUGCGAUGGCAAACACAAAAGGCCUUAUGAUAGCGUUGUGCAAUUGUCGCUAAGUAGCGUCGCGACUUUGUCUUUUGUUUGUUUGUCCAGAUUCGUUAGUAAAUAUGGAUUGAGAAGGUUUUUGUUCUUUGAUAAGCUCUGCGAUGAAAGCGAGACUGUGAGGAAAGGCUACACAAAUCAGCUCAAUCGUUCAUUACAGCUUCUGUCAAUCUUUGUAGCUCCAUGCUUCAUAGCAGAAUCAGCAUACAAGAUAUGGUGGUAUGCUUCUGGUGCCUCUCAAAUCCCAUUCUUGGGUAAUGUCAUUCUAAGCGACACCGUUGCUUGCAUAAUGGAGUUAUGCUCUUGGCUUUACCGGACAACUAUAAUAUUCCUAGUGUGUGUUCUUUUCCACCUGAUUUGCCACCUGCAGAUCCUUCGUCUCCAAGACUUUGCUAAAGUUUUCCAAACUGACUCUGAUGUUGAGUCUGUUCUAUCUGAGCAUCUUAGGAUCAGGAGGCAUUUGAGGAUUAUUAGCCAUCGGUAUCGGUUUUUCGUUUUGUGGGCACUGAUUUUGGUUACUGGGAGCCAGUUUGCUUCAUUGCUUACAACCACCAAGUCUGGUGCUGUUGUUGAUUUGUACAGAGCUGGAGAACUCGCGCUAUGCUCUAUAACCCUUGUAACGGGGCUGCUAAUUUUACUGCGGAGUGCUACAAAAAUCACACACAAAGCUCAAUCAGUUACUAACCUGGCUGCAAAGUGGCAUAUUUGUGCAACAUUAGACUCAUUUGAUGCAAGUGAGGGUGAAACUCCAAGGUUUCAACGUGUAACAUCUUCCACCGAGGAUGGAUCAGAAGAAGCGGACGAUGUAGGCGACGAAGAAGACGAAUUAGAUAACUCUAAGUUGAUUCCGGCAUACGCAUAUAGUACCAUUUCAUUCCAGAAGAGACAAGCUCUGGUGACUUAUUUUGAGAACAACAGAGCUGGGAUUACAGUGUACGGGUUCACCCUGGAUCGAAGUACAUUACACUCCAUUUUUGGAGUUGAGUUAGCUCUUGUACUGUGGUUGCUUGGAAAGACUGUUGGUAUUUCUUGAGAAAAUGGAUAUAUUUUUUCACCAUAUUCAACGAUGGUUCGGCUUUUAUAGAGUGGAAGAGAGAUCGGAUCACAGUAUUUUAAUAAUUUAAUUUAUAUUAAUUCAUUUUUAUUUAUUUUGACCAUUAUGUGUGUCUGUAUAGUAUCCUCUUUCGUUGUAUGUUUUUUCUUGUUGAUAAUAGUACUAGUUAAUUUAUAAUGACAUGUUUGGACUUAAAUGCUUUUGUAUCAGUUUAUGUAGUAUUUUCAUUCUA